AUGUCGACAGGCAACGUCGAUCUUGCAACCAUGGACGAUGAAUUUUCAACAGAGAUCAACCCUCGCCAGCUUACUCUCAGGGACCGGGUCACUGUGGCGACCUUGGUCCCGUUUCACUCCUACGCACAGAUUCCCAAGUCAUUGAUCGUGUACUUGUGCAAUCAGCUGAACCGGGAGAUUGAGAAGGGUGAUACCUAUGCUAUGGUUGAACCGAUUCCAGUACGGCAUUUUGCGCCUUACUGGUUCUCCAACUUUGGUGCCAUCAUGCUUAUCGGAGAUAUCAAGAACGCGGAGGAUGUUCAGAGCAUGGAUGGGAACGUGGAUUGGGGGAAGGCUUGCUUGGGGAGUUUCAAUGUCCGACCUAACUACCCCGGCAGGAGUAGCCAUGUUUGUAACGGCAUGUUUCUUGUCACGGACGCGGCGCGAAAUAAGGGUGUAGGUCGGUUGAUGGGCGAGGCCUAUCUAGACUGGGCUGCGAGGCUGGGAUACACGUAUGCUGUCUUUAACUUGAUUUACGAGAGCAAUGUGGCAUCAUGCCGGUUGUGGGAAGGACUAGGUUUCAAGCGGAUUGGAAGGGUACCUGGAGCUGGCAGGGUCGUCUCACAACCUGGGGAAUUUGUCGACGCUAUAAUCUACGGCCGAGACCUGGGCACUGAUGGGGAAGAUCCCGUUACGCAGGACCGUUUCGACAAAAUUCGAUAUUAUCUCAAGCACUCCAAAUACCCCCGAGGUGCCGACCGAGCCGAGAAGAGUCGACUCCGGAGUGCGGCCACCCAUUACAAACUCAUCGAAGGGGAGGACGGUGAAAACGAAAAGCUCAUGCUAAAGGACAAAGAAGUUGUCUCUGACCCUCAACAGCAAUAUGAGAUUGCCAAGGAGGUGCAUCUAGAGCAGCAUGCUGGGAUCAACAAGACAACCGCUGCUAUCGCCGUCAAGUACCACUGGGUCAGAAUCAAAGAAACUGUCAGCCGAGUCAUUCGUGACUGUCCCCACUGCAAGGAGACGCUCAAAGUGCCUUCCCCGAACGGUGCUACCGAUACUACUCCUAACAGCGACACAAUGAAUACGGACGAGGACGCUUCAGAUCGAAGCAAGCCGGACACUCAUAUAGACACUCGCAUACCCCAAGCGGAGCCGAUAUCUACCCAACAAAUCCUCCAACAUACCACGAUGCAACAUCACCAAAACCCUUUUGCGACACCUCAUUCGUCCAUACUCCAGGGUCAUGUUGGUUCGCUGAGCGAUUACACCGCCGUCCCAUUAGACCCUCAAAUUAUGAAUAUCCAUCAGAUUCCUCGAUUCCAAACUCACGAUGCCAUCGGCGACCCGUAUGGACAUGCCCAAUCGCUCCAUGAAAGCCACGUGCGCCAUGUUGCGCCGAACGAGUACCAUAUGAUGGUGGACGAUACUGCAGAUGCAGACGCAAACCCACUUGGGCUGGUGCAUUCCCAAGCAAAUGACGUGCAUCAUGAGCAGAUGAUGAAGUAUCAAUAUGUGGCACACAAUGAUGAUGAGCUUGAUUUUACAUGA